CGCGGGCCGAGGCCGCCACCCGUGCGGCGUCCCCGGGCCCCGCUCCUGCUCCCGGCGCCGCGCACUGGCUGGCGGGGCCGGAGAGGCGGCGCCGGCCGGCGGGGCGGGGGCCCCGAAGUGGGUUUCGGGCCGCCACCAGCGCUGGCACCCGGCACAGAGGGCGGCGCGCGGCGGACUCCGCUCCCGGGCACCGCACCGGGCCGCCUCUGGGCUCUGCCGCUCUGCCCCGGCCCGGAAAACCCGGCGCCUUCCAGGCCCUUCGAAAGAUGGAUUCUGUUGACGUAUCUGGCGGCCCUGGCGAGCCGGGUGGAAAGUUGGGUUUUGCCAGAUCGCGCUGGGCUUGUCUUUGUGACGUUCGGCCAGCCCCGCAUCCUCCCGAAGCCGGGCCCAGUGGCAUCAGAGCCGAGUGAUGGACGAUCUGCAGUCCCAGAACCUCUCCAUGGACAUGACUGACUCCUCUCCCGCCUUGGCCAAUAACAGACUGGAGAAUGGCAUGGCCCAGCUGAUCACCACCGAGGCCUGGAACAUCAACUCCACCGACCUGGUAAAGAAGGCCCUGGUGACCGUGCCGGCCCCAUCCAUCCUGAACCCCCCAGCCGAGUCUCAGGGCGGCAUGGCUCUGAAGGUGGCGGCCACUGUGCUGCAGCCCCUGUGCCUCGGGGAGAGCCCGGUGGUGAUGCCCAUUCACAUGCAGGUGGAGGGAAGCCCUGCGCCCGAGCUCAACCCUAACGGCCAUGCGGCCUAUGUCAUGACCACGCAGGGCCCCGUGCAGCUGCCGGUGGUGCUGGAGCAGCACGUCUUCCAGCACCUCAACUCCCCUCUGGUCCUGCCGCAGGAGGCCCCGUGCUCCUCCAGUGCUAUCCACAACAACCUGUUCCAGGGAGCCGAGGACCCCGAGGCCCGACCGCAGCUCCUGGACCUGCGGAUCCCCAGCCGGCCACAGGAGCCCACGUUGCCGUUUGAAGCUGUGCUCCAGAAUUUGUUCCCCUCGCAGGGCGCUCUCGGCCCCCCACCCUGUCAGCCUCCUCCUGGAUACGCGCCUGUGCCCCCCCAGCCCUUUAACUCCCCCCUGUCCCCCCUGGUCCCUCCGGCCACCCUCCUGGUACCCUACCCUGUGAUCGUCCCCUUGCCCGUGCCCGUCCCCAUCCCCAUCCCCAUCCCCGUGCCUCAGAGUCCCGAAUCCAAGCUCAGCUCCGCUUUCCCCAAGCCGCCAUCUUCCUUCGGCCUACACCCCUUCAAAGGCACCCCUAGCCCUCUGGAGAAGGAGGAACUGAAGCCCUUCGAUAUCCUGCAGCCGAGGGAGUACUUCCAGCUUAGCCGCCACACGGUCAUCAAGAUGGGGAGUGAGAACGAGGCCCUGGAUCUGUCCAUGAAGUCGGUGCCCUGGCUUAAGGCUGGCGAAGCCAGUCCCCCCGUAUGCCAGGAAGAUGCGGUCCUGGACCUGUCGCUGGCAGCCCACCGAAAAUCUGAGCCUCCCGUUGAGACACUGUAUGACAGCAGCAGCUCAGUGGACAGCCCAGGUCACGCCGGCGGCAUGGAAGUGCCCUUUGCCCCUGCCACAGCACACGGGGCCUCGGCUGUGAUGGAUAGCCACGCGGGCGGCAGCAACCCCGCCCAGCUGCCCGGCCAGCCCGGCCAGCCCAGUGGCGAGGUCAAGGCUGAAAAUCACAUGGAGAUCGUGAGCGAGUCCCAGGCCGCCAAGGUUAUCGUCUCGGUGGAAGACGCCGUGCCUGCCAUCUUCUGCGGCAAGAUCAAAGGCCUCUCGGGCGUGUCCACCAAAAACUUCUCCUUCAAAAGAGAAGACUCCGUGCUUCAGGGCUAUGACAUCAAUAGCCAAGGAGAAGAGCCCAUGGGAAGCACAGAGCCCCUUAGGAAACCCGUCAAAAACAGGAGCAUAAAGUUAAAGAAAGUGAACUCCCAGGAAAUACACAUGCUCCCGAUCAAAAAACAACGGCUGGCCACCUUUUUUCCAAGAAAGUAAAUAAUGGCUUUUUAAAAUUUUUAUGAUUAUAAUAUGGGGAAAGGUGCAUUGGUUUUAUAAAAAGGCAUUUAAAACAAAUUAUCUUUGUUAAUUAUUUUGGGGAGUAGUUGGGAAGCGGGAAGGCGAAUUGGCUCUAGAGGCCCUGUAAGCUAGUAUUGUUUUCUUUUUUAAUUUUUGACUUUUCACAAAUGAGUAAAUAAGAGCAACCUAUUUUUCAAGCAGAUUGCACAUUUUUUGCAGCUUUAAUGGAAUAUUGGGUGAAUCAGAGGGGUAAAAAAGCUAUUUUCAUUGCCACAAAGUGCUUUGAUGAUGUAAUACCUAAUAAAGGGUAGGAUGAAUAUUUCACAAUAAAUGUUUGUUUGCACUAA